AUGUCACGGGGAACAACCACAGCUGAAGUAUUCGAUGUGAGCAACAACUUCCUCCUCUUUCUUGACCAAGGCGGUAGGUCCAACGGUCUCGGUGAUGUCACCCAGACCCCAGAAAGUCAUCAUGGCGACAAAGGCGGUAGCCAUGGCGACUUCUGGGUCCACCUUGGUGUCGUCCAAAGUCAACUCGUAGUCGAACUUUCUCUGUCUCAUGAGUCUGACCUUAGCAACUCUUUCUCUGACCUCCUCGUCGUUCCCGCCAGGGUUAGUAAACUUCUCCAAAUAUUUGGAGUUUCUGGUCCAGCCAUAUUUGUGACCGUCGGUAAGAUAAAAAGUUCUAAGUCUGCCGCUCCAGCCCGACUCACUGUUAAUAACCCUGUGUUGCAACCCAGGCUUAUUGUGGAAGUCGAGAGACUUCAAGAAGAAUCCACAACGGAUGGUGGCAACCUCCUUGUACGAAGGAAGGGUACGCAAAGACCAGGUUGGAUUCAAAGCACUCUCUCUCUGGAAAAUGUACACCUUUUCACCUUUCUCGUUGAACACGUUCACAAGAACUUGUCUUCUGUCGUUAUCUCUUCUGAUGUGGAAGGCUCUGUUUGGAGCGGACAGCGGAAGGAAGUUGGCGUCCGUAACAUGGACGUCCAACAUCUCUCUCAAAUAAGCAUGAGAGAUGAAGUAAGUAGCCAGCGUAGUGAGCGUACUCUGAACCUGCUACCUGGGCGCUAUGAAACCAAUUUUGCCAAUGGUAACGUGCUUACGUCAUCAGAAAAUAUCCCAAGCGUCUUCAGCACCAUGGCAGAACUUGCUGCAUGCAACAGAUGCAGACAGCGGGUAUUCAGACAAACCGAUCUUCUCGUCAACGUACUCGUCGGCAAAGUUAUCUUUACCACGUGCCAUGGCACCAACGAAAACGCAGAUACUCUCGUCGGACUCGAGCUUUGUGAUAUAGUCUUGCACUCUAACGACUGGAGCGUCAUAGGACAAAGUGAUCUUGCGGCACUUGGUUGGUAG